AUGGCGACGAACGGCGCCCAGGAGGCGUACGGGCUCCCCGACGUCCUCGCUGCCCUCGCGACCAUGCGGGGAUCUGAGCAUCAAGCCACCAAGAAGCGAGCGCACGAAUUCCUUGAGAAUUUCCAGAAAUCGAAAGGUUCUUGGGGUACCGUGAUUGGAAUACUGCAGUCCGACGCCGAGCCGGAGGCGAAGCUUUUGCUGCCAUCACCCUGCGCGGGAAGAUUACCUACGACCUUCUUACUCAGGUGCCUGAGCCUGAGCUACCUGCCCUGCAGCAGCAGGUGCUUCUUUGCUUAA